AGGAUACAGCGAUGGAGAGGGGCCCAUCCUCUGCGCUCUGCAGUGGCCCUACAGAGAGGAGGGGUCCUGGGCACCAGGGGGUGACACCUAAGCUGAGACCAGGGGAUGCCUCCGGUGAGCCCAGCUCAAGGAGAGGAGAGUGAGGUGUUCCAAGCUGGAGCAGAGAGCGUAGGGGGAGGGGAGUUUAGCCAUGAACCUGGAUGAAGCUGGAGAGGAGGUACAUCCACUGCUGUUGACACUUUGUCUGCCUGAAAUGAUUCAUAAUUUAGAAAGAGAGAGGCCACUGUCACUGCUGAGUGGAGAAUGGACUGGAGGGGCCAGAACGGAUGCCAGGAACCCCCUGCUGGGAGGCUCCUGCCACAGCUGAGAUCACUCUCUAUGAGGGCAAGCACUUCACGGGGCGGAAGCUGGAGGUCUUUGGGGACUGUGACAACUUCCAGGACCGAGGAUUUAUGAACCGGGUGAACUCCAUCCACGUAGAGAGUGGAGCCUGGGUCUGCUUCGACCACCCUGACUUCCGGGGCCAGCAGUUCAUCCUGGAGCACGGUGACUACCCUGACUUCUUCCGCUGGAACGGCCACAAUGACCACAUGGGCUCCUGUCGGCCUGCGGGCAUGCACGGGGAGCAUUUCCGCCUGGAAGUCUUCGAGGGCUGCAACUUCACGGGCCCGUGCCUGGAGUUCCAGGAUGACUGCCCCUUCCUUCAGAGUCGGGGCUGGGCCAAGAGCUGCGUCAACGUCAUCAAGGUGUACGGGGACGGAGCAUGAGUAGCGGCCCCGCUGGGCCCCGCACGGCCAGGUAUGGGGAGGCUGCUGGGGUGGGUCAGACCCCAGCAGCUGGGCAGCGUGUCCCCUGCCCCAGAGGCCCUUCCCCUCCCUCAGGUGCCUCCUCUGCCUCAAUCAAGCAGUGGGGUGGCUUCCUCCAUGGCCCAGGAAGGCCAGGGUGAGGGGACUCGGGGCCCCUGAGGCAGCCCUGAAGGAGAUGCCCUCCAUGGCCGGAGCGGAGGUGGAGGACACUGUGCAGACUAGCGGCUCUCUGUGACUGGGCUGAGCUCACAGACUGCACUCGGUCUUCUUGAGCUGGGGAAGCCUGCUCUGAGAAGGGUGGCUCUGCCCACCCUGCGCACCCCUUACUUACCCAGCAAAGCGGAACCCUGAACUGGACCUUUCCUGCCAAGCGGGCAAACUCCCGCCAUGCUGGCCUCCCGGGGGGAUGGGCAUCAGGGCAGCUCACUUCUGGUGGACGGACAGUGGUGAGGGGGUUUUGCCCGGGCCAGAGGGGCUUGUCUGCACGGCUCCAAGAGAGCUGUCAGGCCUGUGCUUGCCUGUGCUUCUGUUGGCUCUUGCACACUCGGUUCCUUCCAUUAGUAAGGGCAGUCUCUACGCCCAUCGUGCACGCCCCCAUUGUGCAAAGCUUCACAGCCCCUGCACCCACUCAAGUUGGCCAUCUCUUCUUCCUCCCAUCCAACCCAUCUGGGUGGAUAGUGUUGCUCCAUUUUACAGAGGAGCAAGCUGAGGCUCAGAAAGUUACCUCUGCCGGCUUGUGAGUGGCAGAGCUGGGACUGCAGCCAGGCCUUUGGCUUCAAGUCAGACUGUUGUCCCUGAUCUAGAGCCUCCCCAGACCUCAGCCCCAUCCCCCCAGGAGGAGAGCCCCCCGGUGGGUUCCAAGAGCCUGGCUCCUGUCGCAGCAGCUAAGGGAUCCAUUUGCUGUCUGUGUGCCUGAGGUACGGGAUCCAGGAGCAUUACAAAGGGUGCGAGUGAGUGGUUGUGGGAGGGACUGAAUGAAGACGGUGGCUGAGCCAGAGGAAGAACUGUAUCCCCACCUUCCCCCAGGCAGCCUGAGGUUGCCUGCUGUGCCCAGGCCCCCCAACCCAGGAGUCUCUUCCUUUCCAGAGUCCCAGAGGGACUCUGCUCUCUUCCUGCUAUAUCUCUGUCCCUCUGGUUCUCUCCAGGAUUCUUUUUCUCACGUCUGCUGUGCUCUGCCUUUCUGAAAUGCCAUGUUUGCCCUAAUGUGAUGGCAUCUGGGAAUCUGGGGGUAGAAUUCCAAAACAACAAUUUACCUGGAAAACCACUGGCUAGAUUGUGUCUCAGGAGGCCAAAGUCAUACCUUUGCGUGGAAAGUGUCCUGAGACCCUAGACACAAUCCCCCAACACCCACCCUGGGGGGACACCAGGGCUUGUUUAGAAACCAGGUGGAAGGUAGAAACUAAGAGUUUUGACUGUAUGGUGUGCACUUUACCUACAAGGAUACAGAGGUCAGAGGGGUGAGGAGUCUGCUGGAGGCUGCACGUGGUGGACCCCACAUUUGGACCUGGGGCUCUGCUCAACUCCCCAUGGAGCCCUCAUCUUUUGCCUUCUGCGACUUUAACUUGUAAAAAAAAAAAUUUAAGCCUUUGGCCAGGAGAAGCUGCAGGAUGGAUCACCUGGUCUGGACAGGACCUGCUUCGAGGACUUUCCUGGGGUUGGAGCGGGGCAGGGAGGUGCAAGGCAGGUCUCCCCACCACAUCCCAGGUGCCAGGAGUCGUUUUCCUCUGGGGCCCGUGUCAGCUCAGGAAUGACCUCUCCCCACAGAUCUGUGUCCGGGGGGACUUGGAGGGAAAUGUGCCAGCAUUGUGCUCCUCCCUCCUGCCCUCCCCCAAGGGCACGGUCCUCGUGCUGAUGUAGACCAGCCAUGCCCCUUCCUCCCUUCCUCUUCUUCCUUUUGGGGACACCCAUGCAUGUUCUGGGGUGGCCCAUGACACUGCUUGGGGGUAUUUCCCAGCUCUGUGAGAUAGGGAGGAAUGAGCCCAUUCCCUCAGAGGUGCCUCAGGCCUCACUGCAGCUGUGGGCAUGGGGCAUGGGAGUGGGGAGAGGGGUCAGGGGCAAGGGUGUGC